UCUGCAUGUUCUACCGCUGUCAGACAUGCACCGAGUUCAUUCGUCAUGAAUCAUUUGUCCACUUCAAAUAUGCAUGUAUAACUGCAACACGAGCACAUGAUCAGUCCCACUGCCCCGGUCUGUCCAGCAAGUCUCAACUUGUGCCAAGCCUACAUUCAAGACGGCCGUCUUUAUGACACUGGCUUGACGACACUCCCGGGACAAUACGUUUUCCGGGCUGCUGGCUCAAAACACCAUCCGCUCGGGCGGAGACCGUUCCCGUCCACGAAUUGAAAUGAAAGGAGCUGGGGUGCAACUGAAGAAUUCCUCCUCGCAACACAAGACAUUGAAGGAAUGGUUCAGCGCGCUGUCGCCGAAACUCCAGCAGUUAGUUCGCGAGGCUGAGGACCAAUCUUGGCCAUUCGUCUUCGAGGAGUGGCAGUUCGAGCCGGACAACAAGAAGGAGAUCGUCAACAUCAAUGAUCUCAUCCAGUCCAAGAAUGCAGUCUAUCCUGAUAUGACGGAGGAGGAUGUUCUGAAGGAAUGUCUUGAACUUGCCUAUUCAGAGAAGGCCUUCGAGACGGCCGCGUCAGUCGCCCUCCUGCUUGAUCGGUUGAUGUAUUUGCAUGGUAACUCCAAAUACAUCCUCGACAAGGUGGACGACAUCAAACAGCAGGCGCCCACCACGGCCAUCGCGCCACAGGUCUACAUAAGGAAGGCAAGGUUCCUCAAAGAUGGGGGCUCUCUCCAAGAUGCGGACAAGACGCUCGAUUUCAUUCUCUCAGAGAAGGGACAUAAAGAGCAAUGGCGCUAUAAGGAGGAGAGCCAGUACAACCUUGUUCACGCAACAUGCGUCCAGGUGAAAGGAGUCAUCAGACAUAAUCUCGGUCUUUGGUUGGAAGCUGCAGACCUUAUCCUCGAGUCUAUCCGGAGAUACAACAGCCUACCCAAGCCCGACCAAAAAGGAAUAAGCUCCUCGUUGGGCAUCCUCUCAGAUGUCCUAAGAAACAUCUCUCAUUCAGAGUUCAAGCAGAUGCUGCUGAAGUAUGCGUGCCGCUAUAACCAUCCCCUUGAAGAGGCCUAUGCUGCGAACAGACAGGCUGCCUGGCUGACUAGAUUCGACCCAUUUUUCUUCGCGAGGCAUACGCGAAGGGCUGGCGAGGUGUUGCUCAUGUUCGUGAUCACACUGCCUCAGGAAGACCGGCUUAAGCAGAUCACUCAGGCUCUCAACGACCUCAAGAUGAGCCUCAAGGGACACCUAUCAUUGAAUAAACUCACGAGUCGAGAGCAGCUGAAUGAAUUCACAUGCGCUGUGUACCAAUGUUUCAUAGCCUACCGUCUGAUGGCUACCCCAGGAGCAAUCUCGAAAGCUAUUGAGAUCGAAAAGAACUGCAUGGUCAUUUAUGAUCAUCACUGCGCCGCUACUGACGCUGUUCCUCUCGAGGAGAACUUUGUCAAAGCAAUCCAUAAAGUCCAUGACUUGCUGGAUCUACCGCGAAAAACUGUCAGUGCUCCUGAAACUAAUGAGUUUCUCAACCUACCAGCUUAUGAAUACCGGUACCCGACUCUCCGAGAAUCUGUGGCAUCGACCCCUAACCACAUAGGCACUCAGGUGGUGUCCCAUCCUGAGGACACAGCCAACAGUCGAGCGCCAUUGUCCCGUUUCCGCACCCGGGUUACGAGACAUGCUACUGGUGCUGCCACUCCAAGGAAAGACAACCAAAAAGAAAGGGCCAUGGAAGAAUCUGCAACGACACGUGUUCGUUCAAUCUCUUGGAGCCUGGCACCUACACUUACGGAACCAGAGGCUGACACCAAGCCAUCCAAACGACAACCAGCGGCUGCUACUCCUGUGGUGACCGAGCACAACCGCUCGGGUACUCGAGCUCGACUCACCCGUUCCAAUACAAGAGCUAACAGACAUGCUAUUGGCUCCACUGCAGGGAAUGGUGAACAAGAAGGAGACACUUCAGUCGCUGAUCUCUCGGAAAAGACAACUUCCAUCUCAGUGAGUUUGUCAGUAGCACCUACUCUUAUGGACCCAGAGGCUGACACUCGACCAUCAGGACGACGGCAGCCAGAGACAGCAGACUCGUCAAGGUAUCGAGACACAGGGAUAGCAGUGAAAGUGGGAGAUAGAGAAGGUCAGUUUCAGCAGAUGACCAAAUCUGGCGGCGGUCCGAAUGAAGAGAGCGGCACUCCUGCGGUAGUUCGCCCGCCUGUCGCAUCGCAUUGCCUGGGGCUUCCGAGCGCCAAUAAUGUCGUAGAAACUGCUUCUUGGACUGGUAGUCUCGGAGGACAGUUUGAAUUGCCGCAUGAAGCUGCUACUCUUGCUGAUGAUUUUGGUGUUUAUGCUUCAUCUGAGGAUACAGGUUACAGUGGAUCAACGCAAGGCUUGAUGAAUCCAAAGACAGAGGAUGCGUCCAUCGCGAGUCACGAACAAGGGGUCGAAAUUGACGAGUACGUUGAGAGUGUCCAACCGAUGAACCUCGAAGACAAACCCACACAACUCCCGCAGACGUUCCUCGUGCCUGAUCCAGUGAGCCCAAUAAGGUCAUUCGUAGACUGCACCCUCUCUGCAUUGCCUGGACAGACAAUGAAUCCUUCCGCUAAUAUCGAGAUGACUGAUUUCUGCCAAGGUCACGCCUUAAAGACAGGCGAGAUACCGUUGGGUGUUCAUCGUGCCCGGGUGUUUAAAUUCGACGCUGCCCACAAUACAUGGACUUGCUCGACGACCCUGGUCUACGUCGAUGACAAGCUGGACGUUCGUCCAAAGGGAGCCAUGCGUGACGUCAUCAAACUUCAGUAUCUUAAUCAGGAUGAACCAAAAGCAAGAUACGUUGGCAAGAGAUACCGAGAUGCCAGGCGGAAGAAGCUGCAUUUGUACUACCAGGAUGUCGUCUGCCAGAUGACAGCGCGCCAUUUCGUGGCCCUGUUCAACCAGGCGCUCAAGGACGACAAUCAGGCCUGGAAGAUCCAGUUUGUCCCUGCAGCGCACAUCCAACUUUUGUCGGAUGACCACAAGGACAUAGUUUAUUUGUUAAAUGUUGAGCCGUUCGUGGAGGGGUCAGAUUUUGUCAAAGUGACCAACAACUCCAAGUAUGUCAACCCAGAUUUAACUAAGGAACUUGUGGACGUGUCCCUAGCCUUUAUGCACUUUACAUGGGAGCAGUCCGAAGGCAGGAUACUGGUGACAGACCUUCAGGGUUGGUUGCCCCGGGACCAAAAAGGCACCAUCAUUUUCACAGACCCUGCCAUUAAUUCAGAACCUCUGAAGACCGUAUUUGUUACUGGUAACCGUGGUAAAGAGGGUGUUGACGACUUUUGGAGUGAGCAACAUCCGACAUGUAACGAUAUAUGCUACUCGCUAGGAAUAAAGAGACCUCAAUUUGCCUCUUAAUUCUUACACUCCAGACGCAGUGGACGGGCCUCGUCCCUCAUCCUAAGGAUAUCCAAUUAGGAUAAUGCAAUGGACUGUCCUGGGAGAGUCUACUGAAUUCCUAGCUGAACAAAACGCUAUUUUACCAGAAAUGUAAUAUAUCUAUUUAGUGAAGGGUGUGUGAUUCAUGAAUUCAUAACACUUUAAGAAUUGAAACACUCUGAAGAGUCUAUACACCUUGGAACUGCCAACUUUGGUAAAGGUGGCUGGGGCGUUUUUUUGCGCGGUCACUGACUUGUAAGCUCAGUCCGUGACGCGAUUGACAUCGAAAUGCAAUAUCUAUCACAUCCUGUCGGUCAACAUGACAUCAAUCGAUAGGACUGGAAGGCAGAGGGUAUGGUUUGGAUAUAAAUUUAUUGCUUGGAAUUUUGAAGACCUCUAUUUCGGCUUGGGUUCUGAGUUUACAUGCUACUGCAAGUCUUCAAAAUACUAUUAAAUUGAAGAAUAUUGCAAGCCAGCAUUUGACCUUGAGCAUUUGUAAGGUUAAAAUAAGCAAAGUUUGUAUUUCUGUCCAUAACAAUAUCUGAGUUGAAACUUUCCAGAAUACAUGUAAAUAAAGUUCAGGCAUGCAAGCGUAAUGUUACUAUUUGUUCUUAGCAGAUUAGUGGCUCGUGACUGUGCUAAUUUCUAAACAUUGUGUUUGUUUGAAGUGUUAACAAACAAUGAAAGGAAAAUAUUCUGGGAGUGCUGAAACUGCCGGGGAAUGGAUUUCCUCAAACAUGCACAAAUCAUGUAUGGUGGUAUUCUUGUUGUCAGUUAUUACACAAGAUGAAGUGUUCUUAUGUAAUUGUCGCAUGGUUUUGACUUCGAUGAAAAAGGACAAGCACUUUUGUGCAAACCGUUCCAGACUUUGUAGCUUGAACUGCAGACUAAUUUUUUUCGUGAGGGACUGGUAGCUUAUCCUGUGUAGCAGGGCUUUCCAACUACUACAAGCAGCCUGUAAGGGGCACCAGGCUGAUCCUGGGGGUACAAAGAAACUGCCAGGGGUGCAAGACUGCUGGUCCAAGUUGCACUUAACCACCGUGCACCUGCCUAAUGAGUAUGACGGGUCUAUUUUGGCCUUAAAGUCUCCCUUUGUAUAGUACCCCCAGGUAUAUGGCACGGCUUAACCCGCCGGCCAUGAGGGAAUUCCUUUAUGGCCCAGUGGUUGGCGCGUUGGCCCCAGAGUGGAAGUUAAGCAAAAGUUGGUUAUAUUUGUCGCAUGUCGAAGGGUCGUCACAACAUUGGAGACCUUCUGCAACUGUCGCGGGUUGAGGAAAAGUUGGAAGGCCCUGCAAUAGAAUCAUUGGGGUAGCUGAUUUUACAUCAUAUCAUUAUUGGACUUUCAUGAACCAAAAUGUGAGCUUUGUCUUUGAUAUCACCGUCAGAAUUUCUGACACAAGCUCACUUUCAACAUUGGCCAACAGUCUAGGAAAAGCUUCAGAGAAGUCUUCAUCAACGUUUCGAAGCAAAAUUGAGUAGUGCCGCGGUGAGCUUCAAAUUGCUUGACAUUAGAUGCUACAGAAAGUGUUAGAUGUAAUUAGGGGAUUCAUCAUACUAAUGAGGGGGUCAUCAUACUCCCUGUCCCAGGAAACGUGUCAUGAGUUGAGCUGGUUUGAAGUGACCAGUCCGUAGAGGAUUAUUGUACGUGUCAUUUGAUUGGGUCAGUGGCAUCAAGAAUUCAUAAAUCUUGUCUUUAUUAAUUCUUGGAGGCAUGUGUAUGAACACAAGGCAAGGUGGGCUACACAAGGCUUUGUUACCAUCUUUAAAUUGUCUUGAUUUGUAUAUUUAAAUCGGAGAAAAAUACACAUUAGAAUGUAUAUGAGGAA